AUGUCCACCACCACUACCAUCCCCAAACCGACCAUCGUCCUCAUCCACGGAGCAUGGCACACUCCAGCCAACUACACCCCCCUCAUUACAUCCCUCCAAUCCCUCGGCUUCACCGUGCACUGCCCCCACCUCCCCAGCUGCACCAACACCCGCCCCCCACCAGCAACCUACGCCGACGAUGUCUCCGUCGUCCGCAGCCUCGUCACCUCCCUUGUGGAAAAGGGCGAGCGCAUCCUCAUGCUCAUGCACUCCUACGGCGGCGCCAUCGGCACCGAUGCCAUCCAGGACCUUGACCUCCCCACCCGCGCAUCCAACAACCUCCCCGGCGGGAUAAUCCACCUCCUCUACCUCUGCGCCUACAUCCAACAACCCGGCCGCUCCAUCUGGGAUGUCGUCACCGAAGUAGGCAUGACAGCCUUCUGGCCGCAGUUCGUCGAGAAUGCAGACGACGGAUCUACAUUCCCCGUUGAUCCGGUGCAGCUGUUCCUGGGUGAUUGUGAUGAGGCGCAGGUUGCUGAGGCGGUGAAGCACCUCGUAAGGAGUCCGCUGAGUGCGUUUCAGACGCCCGCGGUGGGGGAUGCGUGGAGGAGAGUGCCGGUUACGUAUGUGACUACGACGAAGGAUUAUUCUGUUCCGAGGGUUUAUCAGGAUUUGAUGUUGAAGAGGGUGAAAGCGGAGGGGGUGGAUGUUAGGGUCGUGGAGGUGGAUACAGCGCAUAGUGUGUUUGUUUCGAGGUUGGGGGAUGUGGUGCGGAUUGUUGAGGAGGCUGUGCGGGAUGGGAGGCAUGUUUGA